GCAACCGCGAACGCGACCCCGGCCUCCAGCCUCUGGUCGGCUCCGGUCCCGGGAUGGCUCCCAAGCCCCCCGGCUCCGUCCUCGAGCUCCGCGUCGCCGGCAACGAGAGCUUCCGCAGUGGCCAGUACGCGGAGGCCGCCGAGCUCUACGGCCGGGCCCUCGACGCGCUGCGGGAGACAGGUCCAGCCAACCCUGAAGAAGAGAGUGUCCUCUAUUCCAACCGAGCAGCUUGCCACUUGAAAGAUGGAAACUGUACACAUUGCAUUAAAGACUGUUCUGUAGCUUUGUCUUUGGUUCCUUUUGGCAUAAAGCCCUUGCUAAGACGGGCAGCAGCCUAUGAAGCCUUGGAGAAAUACCAGCUGGCCUAUGUGGAUUACAAGACAGUGCUGCAGAUAGAUUGUACUCUGCCAGCUGCACAUGAUGGAGUCAACAGAAUGACCAAAGCUCUUAUGGACACAGAUGGGCUUGAAUGGCGUCUUAAGCUGCCCCCCAUCCCCUCAGUACCCGUUGCAGCUCAGAAGAGAUGGGAAGCAGCUCCCGGGGGUGACCACGAGAAGGCAGCCAAAACCAAACUCAAAGAAACUGACACCUUAAAUAACAAAGUGCCUACUGUUGGAGACAUCAAACAAGCCCGGGCCUUAAAAGAAGAAGGCAAUGAGCUGGUAAAAAAAGGAAAACAUAAGGAGGCUGUUGAGAAGUACAGUGAGAGUCUUACUUUCAGCAGCUUGGAGUCUGCAACCUAUACUAACAGAGCCCUUUGUUACUUGUCACUGAAGAAAUACAAAGAGGCUGUGAAAGACUGUACUGAGGCUCUCAAGUUAGAUUCAAAAAACAUCAAGGCAUUUUACAGGCGUGCCCAGGCCUUCAAAGAACUCAAGGACUAUCAAUCCAGCCUUGAAGACGUCAACAGCCUCCUGAGUAUUGAGCCAGAGAACAGCGCCGCCACCAAGCUGAGGCAGGAAGUCAACCGGAACUUAAAAUAAAUAAAAUCCAGGAAGGGGCAGCAAACCUGCCUGAUUGCACUCCAAGAAGCUGAGGGCCUCUUUGUCUGCUCCAGAGUUGAGAGCAAGAAUGAGCAAAAGACCUUUGAUCCAGGCUUGGCACCCCCGCUUCUCUCCUUGCACCCACCCACACUCUGCUUCCUUCUCAGUCUUUGCUCACUGAAAGUCAGCUCAGGUUAGUGAGCCAGAGCUUUUCCCUCUGUGGCUGGCAAGGGUUCCUCCUCCUGCUGAUCCUUCUCGGGGAAGCUUCCCUGGCAAUGCCACUGUCCCAAUCAAUGGUAGAUUCGUACCCUUCUUCACCCACUAAGCAACCCAUUCUAAUUCCUGGGACUUCCAGCCACUUUAUCCAUGGUGAAUGGGAUUAGGUAUUAUUUGGCGGGAAGCCCCUGGUCUUGCUUCCCUGGAGUGCCUGUGGCACAGAGUAGGGCAUUCCCCCCGCAGCUCCUCCUGUGCCCAGAGCAGAUGGUCACUUCAUUGUGGAUGGAGCCCUUGGCAGUCUUUGUUCUCAACUUUUGUCCCUCUGCAGGGCUCAUAUCAUAGUCAUGCUGGGUGCUGGUUUGAGUUCUUGACCUCUCCUAAACCCCUGUAUCCUGUUACAAGUUACUCAAGUGUUUGUCUGGCAGCAGCUAUACUCCCUGCUUCCCCAACCUCCCCAGGGCUGGAGCCAGGAGCCCUAGUAUGGAAGUUGGCCUGUUGCAUGUUUUGGGUGGGGAGGCUGUCUCAGCUCUACUUUAAAAAUGGCAGCUUUAGGCCAUCUCUGUUCUUAAUCCUCUGUCCCUUUUGGAGUGAUUCUGAAAGGCCUCAUGGUUUUGGUCAGCCUGUGUUUAAGCCACUGCAUAAAAAGUAUGUCUUCUACUGGA